CAAGGAGCUGCGGGAGCGGGUGCUGCGGGGCAAGUACCGCGUGCCCUUCUACAUGUCCACGGACUGCGAGAACAUCCUGCGCCGCUUCCUGGUGCUCAACCCCGCCAAGCGCUGCACCCUCGAGCAAAUCAUGAAGGACAAGUGGAUCAACAUCGGCUACGAGGGCGACGAGCUGACGCCCUACACCGAGCCCCAGGAGGACUUUGGGGACACCAAGCGCAUCGAGGUGAUGGUGGGCAUGGGCUACAGCCGGGAGGAGAUCAAGGAGGCGCUGAGCACCCACAAGUACAACGAGGUGACGGCCACCUACCUGCUGCUGGGACGGCGCGGAGAGCCCGAGGGUGGCACCGCCCUGUCCCUGUCCCUGUCCCGGCCGCGGGGCGUGGCCGAGGCGCCCAACGGUGCCACCAAGUCGGGGACGUCGGGGAGCCACCACGGCAAGGGACAGCGCGGCGGCGGCCACCACCGGCAGCGGCGGCACAGCGACUUCUGUGGCCCCGCCCCCUCGGCCGCCCCUCCCCCCCGCCGCAGCCCCCCCGGCCCCGCCCCUCCCCCCUCGGAGCUGCGGGAAGGGGGCGUGGCCGGGGGCGCGGCCCCGCCCCUCGGGAGGAGGGGCAGCAGCGGCGGAGGGGGCGGGGCCUCGUCGGGAGGGGCGGGGCGAGCGGGAGGGGGCGGGGCCGCGCCCCUCCCCCCCUGCAGCCCCCUGGUGAGCAGCGCCCACAACCCCAACAAGGCCGAGAUCCCCGAGAGGCACCCGGACGGACAGCCCCACGUGCCCCCCAGCGUGAUGGGCCGCAGGAACACCUACGUGUGCUCGGGGGGCGAGCGGCACCUGCUGCUGCCCAACGGCAAGGACAGCCUGCCGUCCCGCCCUCCCCCCUCCCCCUCCAGCCACUCCCUGGGCGGGGCUCACCUGGCGCACCUGGCCCGCGGCUGCCCCGCCCGCAGCACCUUCCACGCCGGGGGGCGGAGCCGCGGCGGAGGGGGAGGGGCCUCGGGAGCCCCGCCUCCUUCCUCGCCCCCUCCCCCCGGCUCCGCCCCCACCACGGCCGGCUCCGCCCCCCGGCCCCGCCCCACGGCCACGCUGCUCAGCAAGAUCACCUCCAAGCUGACGCGCAGGGUGUCCCUGGACCCCUCCCGCCGCCAGAGCUCCAAUCGCUGCGUGUCGGCCACGCCCGGCCCCGGCGCCACCAAGAUCCGGUCGCAGACGAACCUGCGGGAAUCGGGGGACCUGCGCUCACAAGUUGCCAUCUACCUGGGGAUCAAGCGGAAGCCGCCCCCCGGCUGCUCCGAGGGGGGGGGGGGCUGUGAUGGGGGAGGGGGCUCCCCCCGGGACCCCCCCCCCCCCCGGGACCAGAACGGGACCCCCGGAGCUGCAGCAGGACCCCCCCGGGACCCCCCCGGGACCCCCGGAACCGGAUCUGGACCAGAACGGGACCCCCGGAACCGGAUCGGGACCCCCCAAGAAUGA